UGAGUGUACAAUGUCACAGAAUCUUCGUACAACGUUACGAGCACGUAGACUGGAGUCAGACAGUUCCAGAAUAUUAGUAGAAUAAAAGACACACGAAUUUACGCUAUCGUCACCUUUUGCGAAACGACUUCAAUAAAGAAUAAGUUGCAUUUCCACCAAUAGUUUAAUAGUCCAGUGACCUACAAGUGCGUCAACACCACUUUAAAUGUAUGGCCUUAACUGAGUGCCCUUUUAUGGAAUGUCGCGAAAUAGCGAAGUAUGCUUUAACUGGUCCUCCAGACUGGUUUUCACCGAAUGUGUUAGCGGUCACUAGUUGGCAGGUUCUUAACGAUGGAGGGCGAGCAUUUGUGGCAUACUCUUCAAAACCUUAUGUGCACAUAUUCAUCAUUAGAGAAGAAGGAAAUUCAGAGAAAAAACAGCACUUUACCUGGUCCUUUGUGGGCCAGAUACAACCCCAUCAUGAGAAAACGUCCGCUAUAACCUUUGAUGAGCUUUUGUGUUUGGUGUCCUGCGGUUACGAUGGUUUGGUUCGGCGUUGGAAGUAUUUCCAUCAAGACUGGGUCCUGGAAAGCGAGUUCAAUGUGCAUAGUGUGCGGGAAAAUGUGAAUCCUACAGCAGUUAGUUCGUUUUCGUAUUCGAGUCAGUCGUACAACUUCAUUGGGACAAAUAAAGGUUUACUUAUAAUUUGGAUUGUUGACUUCGAAAAGAGUAAAUCUCAUUGCAUGUCGAAAAAAUAUGAAAACGACUCUGUGGUUGUUUGUGCAUGGGAUAGGUCAGUAGUAACACCAUUCGUAAUGCGAGUUGCUGUAGGUUACACGAAAGGACUAGUAGGUGUUUAUACAUUCAAACCAUCCGAAGUAUCUUCAGCGUCAAGCUUUUCCCAGCUAGCACGAUUUUAUGCUCAUGAGAGGGAUAUCUGCAGUGUUGUGUGGAGGACAAGUACUUCAGAUUCACUGGUAAACUCAUCUGAGCUUCUUACAUCUGCACGGGAUCUAGUUGUUAAGGCGCAUUAGCUCAAGUUGUCACACUUCAUAGUAGUACACAAAAAACGGGUUGAUAGGGAAAGUGAUAUCAAAAAAAUAAUAAUAAAAUAGCGUUAGGGAAUAAACAAUCCGAAGGUAAAGGUUAGGGCGAAUAUUCAAGCUGCAAAAUGUCAUCUACGCCACUGUGACCGGUUUUCAGCCAUUUCGCCUACAGUCCUCAAUCACUAGUUCCUUUCGCCUCAGAGACCCCAACCAGGCAGUCUACAUCACUCCACUCCACACGACUUGGACCAACAGCCAGACUUCAUCGACUGGUAUGAGAUCUUGGUCUGACCACCCUGAACCUCCCAACCUAAUUCAAUAUCUCCCAGCAUGGCACUGCGAGGUAGGUGGUGGCUUGGUAUGUGGAGUAUGUAUCCAAGCCAUCUUAACCAAUGAAGGUUCACAACCUCAUCAGUCGACUUGCCUGUCGUGCGUAGUACCCUUUUCCUGACUUCGGCAUUGCUCAUAUUGGGAUUCUACCAAACGCGAGCAAUGCUGCGAAGACGCCUAUGAUCAAAAUCCUGUAACCGCUUCAUGUCUUCUACUUUUAACGGUCAUGACAGCUGUACAACAGGACACAACGGACUGCAGCGCAAUGUAGUAGUCUUCUGAUAGGUAGUUGGUUAUCGCACCAGCACCAUAGAUGAUACAAGUUGGCAAAUGCCAAACGGGCCUCCGAUCUUGGACACUAUUGGUCAAACUAGCUCCCCUAUGGUUGUUACAAGAAGAUCUCCCUUUUUAUGGACUAGGUUCAUCAGUGAAGUGCACCAGUCUGAUGGAACUACAUCUGACUUUCAUACACCACCUACUACCUCCAUCACUCUAACCAUCAAUUUCCUACCUUCACCUUUGAAAACCUCAGGUGGCAAACUGUCAGUUCCUGCCUCUUUGCAUCGUUGUAGAUUCAAUACAGCCUUCUCAACUUCAAGGAAAGUUGGUGAACCGGCAUCUACAUUCCAUUCGUAUUCACACUGGGUGCUGUGCAACGGAAGCGUUAAAGAGGGCAGUUGAACUGUGCUGCCCAACGUUUUAACCGCCUGUCCUGGGGGAUUAUCAGCUUUUCCUCCUUUUCGUUGAUGGUUUCACUCACCGUCUUUUUCCUACCAGUUUUCGUAUUAAGCCUAAACAGUUAACGAGUGUUACACAAUUCUGAUGCAUUCGCCAUCUCUCUUGCUUUCUCCACCCACCACUGCUCAUGAUCGAUACGAACACGUUUGGUCAGUUUACGCUUGAGCUGCGUUUGCUCUUCAUCGUGGUCAGAACCAGCUGGAAUUAGUCUUCUCGCAUUCGUCAGUUAGGAUGACGUCGCGAAAAUCCAAUGACGCUUGCUAACUUGCGGGUGUACAUUACUGAUUGCUUUUAUUACUGUUUCUGCAGCGAACUUAAUAUCACACUAGGUUAGGGUUAGGGUUGCGCAUUCUUGUCAUGUUCAGGUAAAUGCUUAGUUAACUCUAAAUGCAUACUUCAAGUUCUCAUCUUCCAAUGGCGACUACAAGAUUCGGUGUCACCUUUUAUCUGCGACUGGUAAGGUUUUGUUUUAUUGGGUUGCAUCUGGUUGGUGUCCGCUUCCCAGAAUAGCUCUGGAUCCCUUUGUGGGCCAGAUACAACCCCAUCAUGAGAAAACGUCCGCUAUAACCUUUGAUGAGCUUUUGUGUUUGGUGUCCUGCGGUUACGAUGGUUUGGUUCGGCGUUGGAAGUAUUUCCAUCAAGACUGGGUCCUGGAAAGCGAGUUCAAUGUGCAUAGUGUGCGGGAAAAUGUGAAUCCUACAGCAGUUAGUUCGUUUUCGUAUUCGAGUCAGUCGUACAACUUCAUUGGGACAAAUAAAGGUUUACUUAUAAUUUGGAUUGUUGACUUCGAAAAGAGUAAAUCUCAUUGCAUGUCGAAAAAAUAUGAAAACGACUCUGUGGUUGUUUGUGCAUGGGAUAGGUCAGUAGUAACACCAUUCGUAAUGCGAGUUGCUGUAGGUUACACGAAAGGACUAGUAGGUGUUUAUACAUUCAAACCAUCCGAAGUAUCUUCAGCGUCAAGCUUUUCCCAGCUAGCACGAUUUUAUGCUCAUGAGAGGGAUAUCUGCAGUGUUGUGUGGAGGACAAGUACUUCAGAUUCACUGGUAAACUCAUCUGAGCUUCUUACAUCUGCACGGGAUCUAGUUGUUAAGGUGUGGGAUGUCUCCAUAUUAGAGUGCUGUUUUUCUACUAAAGUUCCUGGUCAAUCGCAUCAUCACUCAUCUGAGUCUGGACGACAUACUAACCAGAAAAAGAAUGUUACUGGAGCGCCGUGGAUAGUUGCCUGUUACACGAUAGGAAAUCAUUCUUCGGGGGAUGUUUUAUUUUCAGGUUUUCGAGGUGAAUUAUUCCAUUGGCGUUGUGGCGAAACACCGAUUAGUUUAUCAAUCAAGGAUCAAGGACAUUCGAUGUUGGUUUUCUCUAUACAGUAUCUGCUUAAUUCUCCUGGUUUGGUAAUCACAAUCAGUCAAGACAGGAAUUUGAUUAUUUGGCAAUUAUUGGAAGGAUCUAGCCCAACAGUAGUUCUUAGAUUUCCUACACUUUCUGCCGGUGUGUCUUCUCUAGCCCAGUCUGCAUUCAGUAAUAGUCCUUUGGUUGCAGGGCUUUCUGAUGGUUCUAUCCUGUUUUGGAAAAUUUACUCUCUAGAUAUGUGUAGUGAUAGGAAUUCUUUUGAUCAUCAAAGCAAAGACAAGUAUAUUUCAAUAUCGCCUCGUGGCUCUCAAUCAUCAGCCAUAACUGCUCUUUCCUGGCAUCCUUUACCACAGUAUGAAAAUAUCAUCGCUUAUGGUACCGAGUCAGGUUGUGUGGAAAUUGUAGAUGUUAAUAAACUGCAGAAAAUACAAAACCAAAAGCCGAAACCACAGUUAUGUGCAUUUGGCUCAACUGUAUAUCGAGUUACUUGGGGGCCUUUAUUAUUCACUGGCUUAUCUUCUAGAAAGGGUAAUAAAAGUGAAAAAACUGCUGAUGAAAAUGAUCUGAAAUGUGAAAAUCAAAAUGUCCCAGUGAAUACAACUACACAUGAAAAUGAGAAAGUCAAUGACCAGCGUGAAAGUUCAACUAGAUUUCCUUUCUACCUUUACAGUAUAAGUAAGGGAAAGAUUUAUUGUCAUUUUGGAAGUAGUCGUGCACCAGUUGACAUUAGCACAAAGUUCCCGUCCCCACCAGAUACCACAAUUGAAGACUGGAAGACACUGAUUCGUAGUGAUAUAUCAUUCCGCUCUGUCAGUAAAACUAAUUCAUUGGCAGUUGAUCCAAUUGCCGAUACUUUUGAUUGUUUAGUAAGUGUUGGCUAUCUUUCUGGUCAAGUUGAUGUUUAUGGCUUUUCACAGUCAAAAAUUGCAAGUGAUGAACAAGCAUCUGAACAACUUGUUUUUGUUUGUCGUAUUGUGAAUCAUUCCAAAUGUGUUAAUUGUUUAGCUUGGUCAAGGGAAUAUUACUGGCUUGCUAUUGCUUCAAAUGAGUUUUUCAUUACCAUCAGUGAUCUUAAGAUACAACUGACUAGUGCUGUUAACCAAGAACAGUAUUGUAAACCUGUACAGCUUUCUACUUGCUUGGCUAGAUUAGAAGGUCAUUACAACAGAAUCACUUGUCUGGAUUGGUCUCCACAUGAUCCGUUUCUCUUACUAUCCUGCUCUUUCGAUGGUACAGCUAAUGUAUGGAGUAUUCAUCCUGAUAAUAUUGAAAAAAAUAGCUUAUCAAUAUCUAAUUUUCGUGCACACCGUUCACGUCUUUUCACUUGUUUAUGGAGUCGCCAAGAUCCUGAUCUUGUUUUUAGUGGGGGUGAAUUAUGUCAUUUAUUCGGUUGGCAACCGUCUAAACAACUCUUUAACCAGCCACCUCAAAGUCGUCGAUAUCGUCCGCCAACUAUCAAGAAACCUGUGAAUAGUCAAGAAAUAAUAUACAAUGGUGAUGUUUCAUGUGAAAAUCCUUCAACAACAAUAGAAUCUUUACAUGAUUCUAAACUCUCAGAAGAAAAGGAAUUAGAACAAGAAGUCAUGGUGUCGGCUGGCUAUGUAUCUAGUGUUGUAUCUCAAAAAGAAAAGCCCAUUCUGUUGGAUUGUAAUUCAUCUCAAAAAAUCAAUUCUAAUAGAAAGCCAGAAAAAAGAAAAAGGCCUGCUCUAUUUCCUAAUUUAUUCCAAUUCAGUAAUUCCAAGCAUUGUGAAUUAGAUUUGAAUCACUCUCCACCUAUUCAUUUGGGAUCUUUUCUUUCACAAAUUUUAAAUGUCUCUGAUUUUAUAAUGGAGCGAAUGAAUAAUGAGAAAUUGCAAAUUGAUUUGUUAGUUCUUAUACCAGAAGUCAGUAUUACUCGAACAUGCCUUUUAAAGUAUUUGAAAAUGGAAGCAUCUAAUCAUUUGGAGUUAUUUCAAACUGGUCAACGUCCUAAUAGUCUAGUCCAUUUAGAUGCAUAUUGUAUUCUACUAUUAUGGAUCGGUUAUGUUCCUAUGAUAGCGUCUAUAAUAUCAUCAGAAAAUCAUAUGCCUUUUUGGUUAUUGUAUGCAGUUCAACUUGCUCAGUCUACUUUUGCUUAUCCACAAUAUUGUAGUGAAUUAGUUUCAUCAGAAGAAAAUUCAAGCAGUGUGGAAAUCGACUUACUAGGUGAAAAGAUCAAAGAUAUGCAGACAACUAGUCCUGAUGUUCUAAUAGCUGCUACCUUAUUAGUAUGUGGACAUCGUGUCCAAGAAGCAGUUGAAUUACUUUUAAGAUAUGAUAAAAUUAAAGAAGCAUUAAUUCUAGCACGUAUACGUUUAAAUCCAUCAGAAAGUUGGAAGUAUACAGAGAAAUGUAUUAUACGAUUAAUUGAACGUUCAUGUUCAAAUGAAAAAUCAUUCUAUUCUAUUAUAUAUAAUAUUGGAAAAAAAGAAUGGUUGAAUGCUAGUAAUAUAAUAAAUCGUGAAAUGAAAAUUUCUAACUUAUUACUAUUACCUGGUAAAGAAAUUGAUCAACUUUCAUGGUGUUGGAUUAAUAUAAGUCUUCUAUUGAAUACAUCACCAUUAUAUUAUGAUUAUUUAUCAAAUGAAUGUCUUCAUUUAUCUUCAAUAUGUUUAACAAUUGGUUUUCGACUCUUUUCAACUGAACCAAUAUUUUUUCAACGUUGGUCUGAAGCAUUUUCACGUCUUUUAUCAUCUGAAAUGAUAUCAUGUUCAGGUUUAAUCAGUAGUUUAAUGCUAUUAGAUAUUGGUCAGAUAAUCUGUUUUCAUAUGGCUAAUUAUCAUGAUGAGUUAAGUAUUGAAACUGAUCGAAUCUACAAAAUUCAUAAUAAUAAUCAUAAUAAUUGGAUGAAAUAUAUCAAUCAUGAUUGUAUAAAAUGCUUAGAUCAUUUGAUUAUAAAUCGUCAACCAUCUUCAGUAUGGGAAAUUUGUUUAACUAAUUUCUGUGUAGAUUUUCUAUUAUUUUAUUUAAUUCAUAAUCAUAUUUUACCUAGUAAGUUAAUCCCGAAUAAUGAUACAUUGACAUUGUAUACUGAUCGUUAUGAGACUAGUCGUAAAUCUUGUGAGUAUAUAAAACCGAAAGAGACAGCUUAUUUAAUCAGUCAUUUAUUUUCAAAUUAUCAAAAAGUUAUUAGUAAAUAAUUGUAAUAGAUUAAAUUGAAGAUUCACUCCGCUUCCCCCUCCCUCUCCCCUCCUAUGAAUAAUUGUUUAUAUGCAUUUCAGAGGUUUGUACACAAUAAAAAUAAAGUUCUUUGUGAAAU